AAUGGGGACGCACACACACACACACACACACACACACACACACACACGUCUCCCUUUGUCCCUCAUUCCUCCCACAGUCCUUCUUAUUGGUAGUUCCGGCCCCUAACUUCCCUGGAAGAUCCCAGAAUAGCCACUACAUCCUCUUCAUCCUUCAACCCAUCCAAAGGGACCUGCCUUUGGGGGAGGGAACAAACCAUAAACCUAAAAGAAAAAGAAAAAAGGAGAGUUCCAGGUCCUGGGCGCGGAGGGGCAGUCUGUCUCUGCUUAGGAGGCGGGAGAGAAGUCGGUUGGCUUUCCUCCCGCUUCUGUGCUUGGGUUGGGAGAGCAGACGCACUGAGCCUGGGAGGCACGCGGCAUAGAGGAGAAGGUGGAGGGUCCUUAGGCGCGGCCAGGCUGAACCAGGCUAGUGGGCGCUGCAGAAGCUGCUCACCUACCUCGGGCUGUCUCGCACUCCCCUUUAUCCCCGGCUCCUCCUCCGAUUCUCCCUUCACUGUCCCUCCUCUCCCCGCCCCCUGGAGUCCGAGCCGGCCCCUGGCUCCCCUCUUCUGGGAACCUUCCACCGAGGCUUCUCUGGAGCGAGCGCGAUGGAGCGGCGAGCGCGUCGGGGGCUGCAACUUUUCCUGGUGCUGCUCUGGGGUGCCUGUCAAAGAACAAGUGGUUGCAAUGAAACGCUCAUGCUGGAAAGGUUGCCAGCAUGUGGCAAAGCAUUUGAAGAGAUGAUGAAGAAAGUGGAUGUGAAGAAUUGGUGCAACUUGACCGAAUUUAUUACGUAUUAUGACAACUUCACCUCUUGCACAGAACUUGAAACCAACAUUGUGGGGUGUUUUUGGCCCAACCCCCUAACAGAAGGCUUCAUCACAGGGGUCCACAGACAAUUCUUUUCAAACUGUACAUCGGAUAAAGUACACUGGGAAGACCCACCAGAUGAAAUUCUCAUUCCUCUGAUUCUGAUCCCUGUGCUUUUGACAGUGGGGAUGGCAAGUUUGGUGGUAUGGUGCAGUAAACGCAACGAUGUUUUGGUGUAGUCUGCAUUUUCCUCUUUUGACUCUUUUUUGUUCUUCAUUUUUUUUGGCAAAACAGCAGGAGUCAAGAACCAUUGGGCUGCUUGAGCCUAAAUAGCUCCUAAACAGAAGAAAUCUUUCUGGGUUUCAAAAGUCUUGAUGAAAAGCUGCCAAUACGGAAUUUGAUUUGUGUAAUGAAAAGUACUCAUUUUUAGUGACGCAAAGACACUGAAUUUCAUCAGAUUUGUAACUACCAGGGGAAAAAUGGAAGUGUCAAGAAAAAUUUUAAGUAAUUAUGGAAGCUACUGAAUACAGAAAGAUGAAAGGCAAUAUGGGCCACUGAGAACUAAGUUUGUUCAUUGCUUCUAGCUCUCAUCUAGCACUCAUCGCACAAAUAGCUGUGAUAAAGUUUAAGUCACACUUGUGUCCGAGUUAGUAGAUGGUUUAUGUUGUGAUCAUGGCACCAAAGGUCUUCUCUAAUGGAUUUCACAGAAGGCUAUCUCAAUUCUUUUCUUCAUAGCAAAUGAAGAAACUAUAACCAAAGAUGGGAACUGCUGUUUUGAGAACAAUUUAAAUGGCCACAUCAUACCUGUAAGGAGAAAGGACCAUGCCAGAAGAAGGGAUGAACUUUUUGACUUGAGGAGGUCAAAGAACUGGCUUCAAGAAGGAAACAUCUCUUUUUUACAAUGAGGAAAUAAUGAAAGCAAAUGGGCUGCCUUAGUUUAUCAAGGAGUAAUGAAGGAGCUAUAGAUACAUCAAAUUCCUUCAUUUGUUCUUUAAUUAUUGCUGUCAUGUUUAUGAAAAUAUGAAUACUGAUUGUUUCUUCCCAUGUCUUUCCUUUGCUCCCAAUGGGAUUUUGUGUGUGUGUACAUAGUGUUCUGUUAAUAAUAGAAUACCCAGGUGGCAGAGAUGCCUUUGAAAUGUUAACUGUCAGAAACUGACUUUCCUCUUAGAUAGAUGGAUUAAGGAUAGGUAUCAGAAAUGGAAAAAAAAAGCUACAAUGAAGCUUGUAGAAGUAAUUGUGGGUUACAUAGAAUGGGGAAGAAGAUAGCUUCUCUGGCUAAGUGGGGGAAAACUAUUUCUACAUGUUAACCAUAGAAAUGUGGAUGCCUAUAUGUUUGAUGGCUAGUCAUCCCCCCCUAUACUUUUGUGAGCCCUUUUCUUGUCACUUUCUAAUUGUUCUUUAAAUAUUCCAUGUGGAGUGACUAGUCCAGUUUGGCUUAUUUAGCCAAAACUUUUCAGCCUUCAAAUGCAUAUUUCCUGGAUUUCAAUUGUUUUUUUUCUUUGUAAGGGAACAUAAACUUGUGUUGUAAUAACUGUCUGUCUAAUACCUACAUGUAAGAAGUGUUUAUAGGUUUGAACUAUUCACUGGUCCUCUGUUUUCAAAAAGUCUUUAAGUAAAUGUGUCUAUUUGUUGUUUUAUUUUGUCUUCUUUCACACGGAUCCAGUAAACAGCAAAUGCUUUUACCAAUUCUGAAA